AUGGCGCCCGCGGCCAUGGCGCAGCGACCCGGCGCGGCCCCGCCCGCCCUCGGCGCUCGCCGGACCCGCCCACCCUCGAUGCUCGCCCCCCCCCCCCCCCCCCCCCCGCGCGGUCCGCUCGGCCAUGGUGGCUCGCCGUGGCGCGUGGCCCCGGCUCGCCGGCGCCCGGCCGUGGCGCCCCCCUCCCCCGUCAUCCCCUCGCAGCCCCUGCCCACCCUCGGCGCGCGGCUUCGCGCGGUCCGGCCCCGAUGGCUCGCCGGCGCGGCGGCCCGCGACCUCGCCGUGGCGGCCAUGGCGCCCCCGGCUCGGUGCCCCCCGGCGUGCUCCCCUAGCCCGACCGUGGCGCGGCCCGGUUCGCCGGCCAUGGCGGCUCGGCCCCGCCCGCUCGACGCUCCCCUGCCCCGUCCCCGGCGCCCCGCCUUGCCCUGGCCGUGGUGGCGUGGCCUUGGUGCGGCCGUGGCUCGGCCAUGGCGCGGCCCCGGCAGCCGCCCGCCUUGGCGUCCCGCCCCUGCCCGGCGCGACCACGGCGUGUCGGCCCGGCGUGGCCUUGAGCUCGGCCCGGCGUGCUUAUGGCGCGCGGCCUUGAGCUCGGCCAGCGCGCGGCCCCGCGCGGUCAGCCUCGACAUGGCCCCGUUGUCGCCCGCGGCGUGCAACGCGUGCGCGUGCGUGCUCGCGUGGUGCACGGAUGACAUUUCUGGAUGGACUGAGGAUUUGUUCACUGCCAGAAAAAGUGCAAUCAAUUUACUUGGUGUUAUAGCGCUAUCAAAGGGUCCACCAGUUGCAUCUGCAGCAUCAAAGCGUAAGAAAGGUGAUAAAAAUAAAGGGAAAUCUGAAAUGAGCUCAAUUGGGGAGUUAUUGGUCAUCCCAUUCCUGUCAAAGUUUCCUAUACCUUCUCAUGGUGAGGAUGCAUCAUCAGUAGCAGUGCAGAAUUAUUUCGGUGUUUUGAUGGCAUAUGGAGGCCUCCAAGAUUUUCUGACAGAAAAGAAAGAUUUGACAAUUACAUUGAUCAGGAACCAGAUUCUCCCAUUAUAUUCUUUGGAUCCUUGCAGCCCAUAUUUGAUUUCAACGGCUAAUUGGGUUAUUGGUCAGCUUGCGAUAUGCCUACCAGAGGACAUGAGUUCUAGUAUUUAUCAGUCCUUAAUGAAGGCGUUGACCAUGGAGUAUGUGGAGGACAUAACUUGUUAUCCGGUUUGUGCCUCUGCUUCUGGUGCUAUUGCAGAACUCAUCGAGAAUAGUUAUGUUCCACCUGACUGGCUCAUUCUUCUGCAAGUGGUUCUGAAAAGAAUAAGUACUGGAGAUGAAAAUGAGUCUGCUCUUCUGUUCAAGCUUCUGGGCACAAUAGUUGAGGGUGGACAGGAAAAAGUUGUCUCAUAUUCCUGAAAUUGUAUCCAACAUUGCGAGUACUGUAAUGGAGCUCCUGCCCCCUGUCCUAGAUCCUUGGCCUCAGGUAGUAGUGCAUCUUUCUUCUGUGUGGUCAAUAUUUUGGUACUUUGUGCAUGGAGUACAAUCACCAUGCCUGCUUUUAAUCUUAUGAUCAGUUAUUACUUUCAUGUUAACAAUAUCGUUUCCAUCCAAUGAUAAUUUAUGGAU